CCCAUGUGCCGUCCUCUUUGUUUACGUCUCCAUGCUUCCACUGGUAACCCCGUGUUUAACGUCACAAUGCAACGAAUUGUGGAUAAUUCCCCUGGACAAAGUCUGCAGACGUGUUCUUACGGAAAGGGUUUAUGAAGGACUCGCAUAUCUGCGAGAGAACCGUCAAACACUCGAUGACUUGACAGCGGGACAAUCCUAAAACUCUCACGGAUUUUACGGGAGCGCGCUUCAAACUCCGUAAAUGUGGAGAUUGUGCCUAUGGUUUGAACGUGUCGGCAGGCACGCGCCCACCCAAAACAGCUGACUGUUGAUGCUACAAGCUACACGGCUAACAUCCACGUGACAUUCCUGCCGGAUCAUGUGAUCGAUCUACAUCCUGCACACUCCGGUCGACAACUUUUUUCCCCCCAGCGAAUCCCAAACAAACGAUCAUGGCGGAUUAUGAAGAGCGGCAGAGCCUGCUGGGAGAUGGCGACGAGGGGUUGUCCGCGGACGGACGUACAGUCGGAGGACCCGGCAGACCGAUGCCGGCCAUCUGCGACCCCAGCCACAUACUGCACCGAGUGGUUGUCCUGAUGUUCAUGUGCCUCCUGGGAUUCGGAAGCUACUUCUGUUAUGACAACCCGGCUGCUCUUCAAUCUGAAGUCACCCAGGACCUGAACCUGAACACUGCAAAGUUCAUGCAGCUGUACUCCUGGUACUCGUGGCCCAAUGUGGUGCUCUGCUUCUUUGGGGGAUUCCUGCUCGACAGAGUUUUUGGCAUCAGGCUGGGGACCAUCAUCUUUUCACUCUUCGUCUGUGUUGGACAGGUAAUAUUUGCUACUGGAGCUUUACUGAAUCGUUUCUGGCUGAUGGAAGCUGGACGUUUCGUGUUUGGUAUUGGAGGAGAGUCCUUGGCCGUGGCCCAGAACACCUAUGCAGUCAACUGGUUUAAAGGAAAAGAGCUCAAUCUGGUGUUUGGCCUUCAGCUGAGCAUGGCUCGCCUGGGCAGCACAGUGAACAUGAACAUCAUGGGCUGGGUGUACACCAAAGUGGCAGACCUCGUCGGCUCUCCUGGAUACACCACGCUAGGCAUUUCGCUCAUGAUAGCUGGUGUGACCUGCCUGUUUUCACUCAUAUGUGCUUUGGUGUUGGGAUUCCUUGACAAAAGAGCAGAGAGAAUCCUCCACAAAGAAAAAGGCGAAACAAGUGAGGUGAUCAAGCUGACAGACGUGAAAGACUUCCCCUUCCACCUGUGGCUCAUCUUCAUCAUUUGCGUGUGCUACUAUGUUGCUAUUUUCCCCUUUAUCGGACUGGGACAGGUGUUCUUCAUUGAAAAAUUCAACUUCUCCCCAGCUGGAGCCAGAGCUGUUAACAGCAUUGUGUACAUCAUCUCAGCCCCUGCAUCUCCACUUCUGGGCUUGAUGGUUGAUAAGACGGGGAAGAAUGUGAUUUGGGUAAUGAUUGCUGUGGUCGGCACACUCGCCGCUCACAUGAUGCUGGCCUUCACCUUCUGGAACCCAUGGAUCGCCAUGUCCCUGCUGGGUGUCUCCUACUCCCUUCUGGCCUGUGCCCUUUGGCCCAUGGUGGCCUUUGUGGUACCCGAGCAUCAGCUGGGGACAGCCUAUGGCUUCAUGCAGUCCAUCCAGAACUUGGGCCUGGCGCUCAUUGCCAUGGGAGCAGGAGCCAUCCUAGACACAAGAGGAUACCUGGUUUUGGAAGUCUUUUUCUGCAUCUGCAUCUGCUUUGCACUGAUGGCAGUGGUGAUGCUGUACUUUGUGGAUUACCUCAGAGGAGGAGAUUUGAACCGGUCGGCCACAGCCAGAGCCAAGCUCCAGAAAGAAGCCACUUCAGACUCCGAAUGAGGAUUAUGAGGGAACACACGAAGGCCACCCCAAGAGCUGUCAAUCAACUGCCACUGGGCGGGACUACUGACUCCUCCCAGUGCUGGCACCUGUGGCGCUUCCCAUCAGAUCUGACCACCUGGUCCCGGUUGUUACAUAACCAACCUUGUACUAAUAGCUUAUUAUGUCCUUAUCAGGACACUGACAAAUGACACAUCUCAGUUUGGACUCCACAGUUUCUCAUAUUGGCUUCAUCUCCUUCAAUAUUCACUCGCCACUAUGUGUUUUUAUUCCCCUCUGCCUGUGCGUGUCAAAGUCUCAUCAGUUACUGAAGAAAGUUAAGAUGUUUCCAAAGUGUUUCAAACUAAAAGAUAAGACUCGUAUCCUGUAGAAAGGUGCCUAUUUAUGAUAAAUAGCGCUUGAUAUUAUGACACGCUAAUUCAACUCACUAUAUAAGAUUCAUCUAUUAAUUUACUUGUUCUAAAUGUAAAUAGGGUAAUUUUGUGGAUGUUUUUAUAUGUUUGUUUUCACAAAUUGUUUCCAGAAGUGCUCCGUUGCCGUAUUGCAGAGAACUCAGCAGUUGAUGUACAUAUCAGUUGUCAGCAUUCGUAAUAAUUGCCAACCAAAAUCCUCCUUACUGGGCUUUCCUUAGUGAGUACUUAUUCAAUUUUAAUCAUAUGCGUCAUUGACCUUCUAUGGUGCAAAAUCUCAAAUAAAGAGCAUAGCUCUUUAUUUUUUAAGUCUUUAUUGCUUAAUUAUUUUAUUUCUUAAUUCCUUUAUCUGCUCUUUGCUGGUCUCGGGGGUGCAUAAAAAUGUAUUUUAUGUUGCGUCAUGAAAUGGUACAUUACUAUAAUGAUAAAAAAGAUAAGAAAUAUAGAAAGGCUUUAGAAUGCAGUUCCCUGUGAAAUGAUAUUAGCAGUUUCAACUUUUUACAAACUGUUUUAUAAAAUGUGACCUUUUUUAAAGAAUCAGUUCAACUUAUGAAUUAUGUUUUAUAGACUAUCUUUUACUCGUUUAUCAAGCUCGGGUAAUUAACUUGUUGUAAGCACUGCCCCCAAGUUGUCGCUUGCUUCAUCUGAACGGUGAGACGAAAAAUGAAUGCACUGUUUAACCCUCACCAUUCCAGUGAUGUAGGAAAACAUUUGUCUCCCUGUGUUCUUAUCGCAGACUGUGGCUCAUACUCACUACCUCAGUUGGGAAAAUGUUAUCAAAAUGUUAAGAGUAACUUAACACCCCCUGAAAAUCAAGUUCAACUUCCCACUUUGUUGCGGUGAUGUAGAAGUGUA